UACGCGGUAGUAUUUGUACGUAUAUAUUUUCAUUGAAGAAAUGCCGUGUUUUUGUUUACAUUCAAUAAAAUGACUGAAUUGAUAAAUUUGUUUAAGAAAUUAAGUGAGUUUUUUGAUCGUAAAUUACUUUGGGAAAACAUUGAAGAGGCUUACGAGGAUGAUGCUGAAAAAGAGCAAAACAAGAAUAAAUCGAAUGCGGAAGAGCAGCCUCCAACUACUUCUCGGCAAGCUAAGUCCACUGUACCUGAAUUGCCAUUUGUGCAGCGUGCACUCAACGAUCCGCAGGUGUUGUCCACUCUACUAGAACUAUGCUCUGCCAUACGUAUUUUGCGGAGUGAAUCAAGUGCCAGCUAUGAUAAUACCUAUGAUUGCUGGGAUGAGGUGGUUAAAGUGUCACCGCGUGACUCCUACUUAAGCUUCGUGUAUGCUUUAGCGGGUCUAGCAACAUUGGAUGCUGCUUGUGCCGCAUAUACAAAGCUUGCUCUUGCUGCCGUCAAUACAUAUUUUCUUUCGCUAACUAUCCCUGGUGCAAAAGGAUUUCAUAUCUUUGAGCCCGAGGUAAUAGCGCAUUGCCUUCAGGUAUUCGGUUUGAUAGAACGCAUACAACAUCCUGACAUUCUACGUCGAAUGUCGAAACAGCAACCUAUCGAGAUAUGGGUACGAUUCUCAACGUUCUGCGAUGACUUCAAAUUGCUGCUAAGAUAUGUGCAUUUCAACGAUCACAAAGCCACACGAGACAUCUUGCUGAAGAAACUAGUGAAUAUAUUGUACAUGAAUUAUGAGCGUGGUUAUGCCAAUAUGUAUGCUGCCAAUCUACACGCCAAAUGCUUCGAAAUUUUUGACGAAGUAGUAAACGCGCAUAACGGCGAACCGGAGGAUACACUGAAGAAGCUAAUGAAUAUGACAGUUUUCCUGCACACUUACCCGCCAAAACCGAAAAGUACAAGCGGAACUGUCAUUAGCGGUGAUUGCGAACAUAUCUCCGAUUGGUUUAUCAAAUGUAUUUCGAAAUAUCCGCGUCUGCUUGUAAAAGUUUUGAAUUUCUAUAUCGAAUGCAUAGUCACCAAUCCAAUAAAAUCUUGGAAAACAGAGCAGACACAACGCGCGCUAGAAUAUGCCGCAAAAUAUGAUGCUGCACUUUAUACCACCUGUAAUGAGUCAUCAGUGGAGUUCUUGUGUGAAGCCAUCUAUGCCGAUGAGGUAAUGAUACGUACACGCGCCAUAGAAUUAAUUUCACGGAUUUUGCAGCUGGAGGCUCAUGUAAAUUGGCAAAUGUUUCGACACGAAGUAUCGGACAUACCACGCGAAGUAUAUCUCAUUAAUGAACUCAUAAAGAGUUUGCAGGAUUUUAACAACACUGUUAAACUGAAAGCAGUACAAGCGCUGCAUCUUGCGCUCACCAAAGGCUCACCAAACACUGUGAAAAUACUAAACGAAGGUAUACGCUAUACACUUUAUCUCGAUCUUGGUGUCAAGCUGCCAGAUGAACCACGUGUACGUAAGAAUGAAAUACGCUACGUGAAACCCUCUGCGCUGGAGCCGAAGUACAGUUUCGAAGGACAUGGUUUGGUAGAGUUGUCAUUCAUGCAUUUGCCAGAAUAUGUUUAUGAAAAUCUCUUUCAAAGUCCCCAAUCAUAUAUCAGACGUGCGGGUGUAAUGUUUAUGGAGCAACUAAUCAAACUAAAUCCACUUAUUAUUUUCAAUACAAAUUUUGUAAAAGAAACAACGCGACUCGUUGAUGAACCCACUGCCUUAGUGCGGAAACAAACAUUAAUCAGCAUCGACAGCAUUCUCGGCUGCUAUCCGAACUGUUAUCCGGUUGUGUGGGUGUGGUGCAAGGUUGUGGCGCCCAUGUUGCGCGAUGGCGAUCCAAAGAAUAUUGAAUUGGCUAUGGAUUGUUUUCGCGCACGCGUAUUAGCAAAUAUGCGCGGUAUCGAUCAAUCCAAUCAAGCGGAACACUUUAUGCCUUGGGUGAUUAUACGCACAAUGCUGUCAACGCAGCCGCGGCUCUAUCUGCAAGAAUGCUUUCACAUGGCUUUACAGCAACGCUUGCUAAAUCCACAAAUACUCAGCAUAAUCGAGUCACAUUUACUCACCUCGAAUUCCACAGAAGCUUGGAUCGUACUCAACUUCGUUUCUGGAAAGUUGAAGAGUAAAGAACCCGACGCACUCAUACAUCUUUUCAUAUCACUGAAAUCGUGGAACAAAGAACAAAAUAUGCUUAUUGCUCUGGAAGUGCUCGCCAAUUGCAUACAAGACUUCUCGCAUACAGCACUCAAUCAAGCUUUCAAUCACAUACUCACGCAAAUACGCGAAGGUCAAAUCUUACCUGUACUCAUUGGCAAAGCAUUUGAUCUGCUCAUACACAUCGACAAUUGCUCGCAAUCGCAGGCGACCAAAGGCAAAAACCUCAAAUGCAAUCCACUUGAGUUAACCGAAAAAGCUUGGUUGCUCGAAUUGCAUGAUUUGCUGGAAUUUCGGAUACUCUCGGGCAUAGCAGAUUUUCCCGAUAACCGCGCCACAUUUAUGUCUCAUCUGUACUCCUACUCAGAAGUGAAUUUGCAGACGCGUUUGCGCCCACAUCACACUAUUAUCUCCUUCGUGCACAAAUACAUGAGCGUGUGCUUGAAAUUGCCGGAGUCGGAGUUGGAUUUGGAAAAUGAGCGUCUCUUCAAUUCGAUGAUAUUGAUUGCUGGUCGUCUAUCUCUACGUGAUGCCGUUACGGCCGGCACUACUUGUAAACUUUAUGGUGCCAUAUUGAAAAUCAUCGAUCGUCCACCAAUCGUGAACACAAUAAUCGUUUCAUUAACGGAUCUUUGUAAGAAGCAUACGCAAAUUGUGGAACGUAUCAUUGAGCACGUGCUGGCGAAGUUAUCAUCGCCGUAUGUCAUGAAUCGUGUGGAGACAUUUAAAUGUUUCGAGAAAUUGGUCUUGCAGGAUCAGUUGAAAUUGCGUGGUUCCUUGUUGUUGGCGCUUAUGUCUGCUAUUUUAGAUGAGAAUAGAGAAUUGGCUACGCGUGCUUGUGAUUUUUUUGAAGAAUUUCUCAGUAAGAAGAGUUCAACGCUCUUUCAGAAGUGUUUAAUCGAAUGUCCAUUCGUCUUCAACGAAUACGAGAAUUUCGACGGUUUGGAUAGCUUUUCGGAUACAAGCAUUAAGUCGCCUUUGAAAGGAGAGGCAAAGCGUAAGAGUCGUCAAUUGCUUUAUAAUCACAUGCUGGCAACGGUGGAUGAGGUGAAUUUGGUGCUCUAUUUUGGGCAACUCAAACUGAUUUCAGAAAAAUCACUACGUGACGCCUGCAUGAAAAGCCCUGAAGGCAUCGCAUUACUCAAGGAUGUACUAUUCAUUUUAAAACGCGUUUGCCAACUGACCAAGGAGCAAAAGCCCAACGCUGACAACAAAGAGGGCGACGGUGAGGAUAAUGCUACGGAUGAUGCAAUCGCGCAAGCAAACGAAGCAGGUGUGGCGGAUGAGGCAAGCACAGCAAAAGCUACAGGUGCCACCACCGCUGGUGGUGUGGGUCGGGGACGCGGACGAAAACGUGAAAUAACUAUGCCGGAUGCGCUGAAUCUACUCGAAAAGUCUUUGAUAUUCAUACCCACCAUUCACGGUUGCUUCACUGCCCACGCCGAUGAUGCAUUGCAAAAAGCGUUUGAUGAUUUGGGCUUUGCAUUGGCAAAGCGCUUUCCCAAUCUGGUGCAUUAUGCGCAGCCAGCAAAGUUUUGGUGCAAGUAUCGUGAGAAAAUAAUCACGGAUUCGCCGUCGAAACAAAAGAAAAAGUCAAAACGAAAAGGCAAAGAUGCCAAAACACCCGAUAAGCCUAAAGCGAAUUCAACGCAAGUCGAAGGAGAUCUGGUUAUGGCUGAGGAAAUCGAUGAUGAUUUGGAAUGUGACUCAACGGAUGAAAGUGAUUUUUGUUCGGACGAUGACAUGCCAUUGGCGAGCACGAUGUGUGCCGGCGCUUCACCACAGAAACGUGUGCGUUUAAGCGAUGCCGAAAUACCGAUGGAAUAUUUAUUUAAUCCGAAUAUCUGAAAGUUGGAGUGCUCCUCUAGCGCAUGUGUUGACACGUAGAGGAGCGAUGGGUAAUAAUACUUGCAAUAUACUUAUGUAUCAACUAUGUUAUAUAGAAUGAUUUAAGGUUAUGCAGAGAAGUUUGUUACUAUUAUUUGAUUGCCUUAGUUUAAUGCAUUUAUUUACUUUUAUUUUAUUUUAAGUGACAGAAAAGACUCGAAUAGUUGGUAUGCUUAUAUAUUUUUUAAAUUCAAUUAGUAUUCUAAUUUUUAAUAUUGACAGAGGAAUGGAAUAAAAAGGAAUACGUACGUAGACGUAAAUAUUAUGUAUAAUAUAAAUGAGGUUAAGUUUCUCAUACAAUUUAUUAUAUAAGUGUUAUAUAAUACCAAUUUGUUAUAUAUUAAUAAACUAAUUCUCGAAUUAAUACUUACAUAUAUACUUGAG